AUGCCUGCCUCGUGGGUGCGAGGCACAAUGCUGGUUCGAUGCAAUUCAAACGCUCGAGGCCAUUCUGCCGUCUCAUUGCCUGCGAUCGAGUCAUUGCUGCGGCUGAUCGAGAAUCACAUCACGCCUGUUGUACCUUUGAGAGGCUCCAUCUCGGCUUCAGGUGACCUGAUGCCGCUUUCCUACAUCGCGGGAGCCAUCGAAGGUAGCCCGGAUGUAUAUGUGCAAGUUCAGGAUUCAGAUAAAACCCGCAUCAUGAACUCGCGCGAUGCUUUGCUGUCCACGGGUCUCGAGGCGCAGACACUAGGACCAAAGGAGGGCCUCGGCCUCGUCAAUGGUACUUCUGCCUCUGCUGCACUGGCCAGUCUGGCCAUGUAUGAAGCGCAUCAACUCGCUGUCCUAGUCCAGGCACUAUCAGCUUUGACCGUGGAAGCCCUCAUGGGCAACGCAGAAAGCUUCCAUCCGUUCAUCUCCGCCAUCCGCCCGCACGACGGGCAAAUUGAAUGCGCGAGAAACGUCAUGUCUUUCCUGCAGGGCUCGCAGCUCGCACAGAACCUGGAGCGGAAUCUGAAAGACCGCAACCGUCCAGGCCUGAUACAGGACCGCUACGCACUUCGCACCGUGCCACAGUGGAUAGGUCCGCAGCUUGAAGAUCUCCUUCUCGCCCACCGGCAAGUCACCGUCGAGCUCAAUUCCUCCUGCGACAACCCCCUAGUGGACGCGCAGUCCGACGACAUCUUCUACGGCGGCAACUUCCAAGCUGUCUCCAUCACGUCCGCCAUGGAAAAGACCCGGACUUGUCUCCAGAUGUUCGGCCGGCUGCUCUUCGCCCAGGCCACCGAGCUCAUCGACCCAAGCCUCAACAACGGACUGCCCACCAACCUCGUCGCUGACGACCCCAGCCUCUCCUUCACCAUGAAAGGCGUCGACAUUAGCAUGGCCUCUUACAUGGCGGAACUAGCCUACCUGGCCAACCCCGUCAGCUCCCACGUCCAGACAGCCGAGAUGCACAACCAGUCCGUCAACUCCAUGGCCUUCGUGUCGAGCCGAUACACAAUGCAAGCGGUCGAAAUCGUCUCCCUCAUGUGCGCCUGCAGCGUCUACAUCGGCUGCCAGGCACUAGACCUGCGCGUCCUCCACCUCACCUUCCUGCAGCGCUCAACGCCACAGCUCCACACGCUCACCUCCCACCUAUUCUCCGAACACCUCUUUGAACCCGACCUCGCAACCCUCAACGAAGCCUUAUCAACACAUAUCCAGAAAUCCUGGCCAACAACAACCCGUCUCAACAUUACCGACCGCGUCGAAGAAGUCGUCACAAGCGCCAUCCCCAUCCUGUGUCGGACAUUUGCUUCCAGCACAGGUACAAGUACUAGCCAAGCCCCGACCUUCUCCGACCUGGAGACCUGGAAAUCCCGCGCCAGUGCCCUCCUCAACGAGAUCUACCAGGACACGGCGCACGCGUUCUUCAGCUACCAACACACAGAGGAAAUGCUCGGAACGAGUUCGAAAAUCCUAUACCAGACGGUCCGUCGACAACUCGGCGUGCCGUUCCACCAGGGGUUCAUCGAGCAUCCGACUGCGCAGAGUGAUACUCUCGGCGGUCGUCCUAAGAAGACAGUCGGGUCUUGGAUAUCGAUUAUCUACGAAGCGAUCCGGGAGGGUCGGCUGAUGGAUCCGCUGAUGGCUUCGCUUCAGGCGGGGGUCGCGGGUGAGUCUGACACUGAGGCGGUUGAUACCUUGAAAGAUGGUUCCAGCGGCAAGUGCUCUUCGAGUGGCUUGGACUAG